AUUAAUUCAACGUUUACCGCUAUAGUAGGUUUGACCCGUGAGUGUCACCCUUACUUCCGCAGUAAUGGUUUCUGGGGAGACUUUCGAUUCGAUGAUGUUAUUAAAUAUAUGAUCGCAUUGACACGGGAACUACAUUAUGAUUGCAUGGAGCCGAAAGACACAGUGUCAAAGUUCGGGUUGCGAGAUAUAACAGGGCAAGAGGGAAACCGGUUCCGGCAGGAGGACGGGGAACGCGGCCGGCGUCGGGCUGCGCUUCAUGAGUAAAUGAACCGUAUGCCUUACCUCUGUCUUUGUGUUCCCUUCUACAGACAGCUGUAACAUAUUCAGUCAAUAAUAACUCUACUUUAUAUUUCUGUUUUGGUGUGCCUGCUCAGGGGAUUUGCUUCAAAGCCCGUUUUGUAGCAUUACGUUUCAGGCGAAUUCCGCGGUUUCUGCAAAAUUGUAAAUGAUAUUUUAUUUUGGAGGCGUUUUUACACGUGUUUUUAACGGCGAGGUUCCGCUCCUCAGACUCAUUUUAUUUUUUAAAUAUAUUUUAAUACGUGCGAGAAGACCACCAUUUGGAUUCUUUUAGGAUUCAAAAAUUUUACCUAACGCCUAAAUAAUAAUAAAAAUGUCGUUCCGUUUAAUGGGAGUUCUAAGAAGGCAGAGCAGAGUGGGGAUUGUGGCAUGGACCCGCUCUGCCUCCUCGCUGCCUUCCCUGCCUCCAGCAGUAGCCAACUUUGUUUCGGAGGCAGUGGAUGAAUGCCAGCCGGCAAAGGUGCACAUUGUGAGUGGCACCCAGGAAGAAAUUGCAGACAUCUUUGCUGGGCUGGAGAGAGACGGCAUGGUGAAGCGCCUUUCCAAGUACCAGAACUGUUGGUUAGCACGCACGGACCCUAAGGAUGUGGCACGUGUGGAGAGUAAGACCGUGAUCGUGACGAGGCAGCAAAGGGACACGAUGCCCAUUCCUGCUCCUGGAGUGAAGAGCCAGCUGGGCAGCUGGAUGAGUGAGAGUGACUUCCAGAAGGCCAGGAAAGACCGUUUUCCCGGCUCCAUGAAAGGCCGGAAGAUGUAUGUGAUCCCGUUCAGCAUGGGACCUGUGGGCUCUUCGCUAGCCAAGUUUGGCGUGCAGGUGACUGACUCGCCCUAUGUGGUGGCCAGCAUGGGAGUUAUGACGCGCAUGGGCUCCGCGGUGAUGGAGAAGCUCGCCCAGGGGGCCGACUUUGUCCGCUGUCAGCACUCCCUGGGACGACCCCUGCCUCUCAAAGCUCCGUUGAUUAGCUCCUGGCCCUGUAAUCCAGAUAAAGUGCUGAUCUCCCACCUGCCAGACACCAGGCAGAUCCUCUCCUUCGGCAGCGGCUACGGAGGAAACUCGUUGUUGGGAAAGAAGUGUUUUGCCCUGAGGAUAGCUUCCUGCAUCGCCAAGGACGAGGGCUGGCUGGCCGAGCACAUGCUGAUCCUAGGAAUCACCAACCCUCAGGGAGUGAAACGUUACGUGGCAGCGGCCUUUCCCAGUGCCUGCGGGAAGACGAACCUGGCCAUGAUGAAGCCAGCCCUGCCUGGCUGGAAAGUGGAGUGCGUGGGAGACGACAUUGCCUGGAUGAAGUUCGACAGCCAGGGGAGACUCAGGGCCAUCAAUCCAGAGAACGGCUUUUUUGGUGUGGCUCCUGGCACUUCGAUGAAGACCAACCCGUAUGCCAUGGAGACCAUCUCCAAAAACACUGUGUUCACCAAUGUUGGGGAGACCAGUGAUGGUGGGGUGUGGUGGGAGGGUAUGGACUCCCCACCCCCGGGGGUCUCACUGACUGACUGGCACGGCAAAGCAUGGAAGCUAGGAAACCCCACUCCUUGCGCUCACCCCAACUCCAGGUUUUGUGCCCCAGCCGCACAGUGUCCCAUCAUUGACCCAAAGUGGGAGAGUGAGGAAGGGGUGCCCAUCGACGCCAUCAUCUUCGGCGGAAGACGACCAGAAGGAGUUCCACUGGUUUAUGAGUCCUUCAGCUGGCGUCAUGGUGUGUUUGUUGGCGCCUCCAUGAGGUCUGAGUCCACUGCUGCUGCUGAGCACAAAGGCAAGGUCAUCAUGCACGACCCCUUUGCCAUGCGCCCUUUCUUUGGCUACAACUUUGGGGACUAUCUGGCCCACUGGCUCAGCAUGGAGACCCGGUCAGAGCCCCUCCAGCUCCCCAAGAUAUUCCAUGUCAACUGGUUCCGAAAGGAUCCCACAAAUGGGUCGUUCCUCUGGCCCGGCUUUGGCGAGAAUGCCCGGGUCCUUGAGUGGAUCUUCAGGCGCUGUGGCAGGGAGAGGGAGGACGAGGCGGCCGAGAGGAGCAUUGUGGGCUGGCUGCCCCAGAAAGGUGCCAUUGACCUGAAAGGUCUGAGCAAUGUGGAUAUGGAGGCCCUGUUAAACCUACCGAAGGCCUUCUGGGAAAAUGAAGUGCAGGAACUCCAGACAUAUUUUAGUCAACAAGUGGGGUCCGACCUUCCCCCACAGAUAUGGGAGGAGCUAAAGGCCCUGAAGGAGCGGGUGAGAAAAUAAUGGCAGGUGCAAGGGAUCAGGAGGAGGAGUGAGGAUAAAGACAUGUUUCAAAAUGAUAAAACCUGAAGUUUUAAUAAGAAGGAAUGGGGUUGGUGACAUAUCAAGCUGUGCAGUAUUUAAACAGUUUUAUGUGGGACUCACUGAAGUGUAAAAAAAUAAAAUAGGGAAUCACUGUGUAUUUCAAUAUAUUCACAUAUAAUAAGUGGGAAGACGUGGUUGUCUGAAUUGUUUAUAAAUUUAAGUUUUAAUUAUAUAUAUAAUAUAUAUAAAUUUGUUUUUGGAAAACUUGAAUGGCAAACCAGUAGUAAUACGUUUUAACUGAAUGUGAUGGUGGAGACUUUUUGUAUGUUGAGCAAAUAAAAAUAUUGAAAUGUG